GAGAGUUUCGCAGCUUUGCAGUGGAAGAAGUGUGUGAUGAAAACAUCAGUGAUGGAUCUUAAAGUGGAACCUAUGGACAUUGAUUACGACCAGCCGCCUCCCCUCCAAGUUGCUCACACCUCGACUCUGCACGGCAUCUCUCAUAUCUUCUCCUAUGAGAAGAUCACGGCCAAAUGCUGCCUCUGGGUGGUGUUUUUCCUCAGCUCACUGACCUUUCUCAUGUACGUCUGCGUCGAUCGGAUUCAGUUCUACCUGGAGUACCCUCACGUCACCAAGCUGGACGAGAUCACGACGCCCAUCAUGGUUUUCCCAGCGGUGACGAUUUGCAAUCUCAACUCCAUCCGCUUCAGCAGGAUCACACGGAAUGACCUGUACCACGCGGGCGAGCUGCUGGCGCUGCUCAACUCCAGACAUGAGAUUCGGGACGCUCACCUGGUUGAAGAAAGCGUGAUGGAGGUUCUCAAGAGCAAAGCAGACUUUCGCUCCUUCAAGCCGCGCCCCUUCAACAUGUGGGACUUCUAUAAUAGAACAGGACAUGACAUAAAAGACAUGCUGCUCUCCUGCCAGUUCAGAGGUUGGCCGUGUCGACCCGAGGACUUCAGUGUGGUAUUCACACGUUAUGGGAAAUGUUACACCUUUAACUCGGGUAACACCGGCGCGCCGCUGGUCAGUGUGAAGGGAGGGAUGGGAAACGGCCUGGAGAUCAUGCUGGACAUUCAGCAGGAUGAAUAUUUACCUGUGUGGGGAGAGACAGACGACUCGUCGUUUGAGGCGGGAAUCAAAGUUCAGAUUCACAGUCAGGAUGAGCCUCCGUUUAUAGAUCAGCUGGGCUUCGGAGUCGCACCAGGAUUCCAGACGUUCGUUUCUUGCCAAGAGCAGCGACUGAUGUAUCUUCCUGCUCCAUGGGGCAGUUGCAAGUCAACCCCGCCGAGCUCGGAUUACUUCAAGGCGUACAGCAUCAGCGCCUGUCGAACAGACUGCGAGACGCGCUACCUGGUGGAAAACUGCAACUGCCGUAUGGUGCAUAUGCCUGGUGAUGCGCAGUACUGCACUCCUGUGCUAUAUAAAGAAUGUGCGCAUCCAGCACUAGAUUUCCUGGUGGAGAGAGACAGUGACUACUGCUCAUGCGAGACUCCGUGCAACAUCACGCGCUACAGUAAAGAGCUGUCAUUUGUCAAGAUCCCCAGCAAAGCAUCGGUCAAAUACCUCGCAAAGAAGUACAGCAAAUCUGAGAAAUACAUAACGGAGAAUGUUCUAGUGCUGGACGUGUUCUUUGAGGCUCUGAACUAUGAAACCAUUGAGCAAAGGAAAGCCUAUGAGGUGGCUGGUCUGUUAGGUGAUAUCGGAGGACAGAUGGGGCUGUUCAUUGGAGCCAGUAUUCUUACGAUUUUGGAGCUUUUUGACUACCUUUAUGAGGUAGUGAAAUACAGGUUGUGCCGCUGUUCCGACAAGAAACAUCACAACAACAACAACAACACUGAUCAUGGCACUGUACUCGGCCUGGAUGAUGUCAAAUGUCACGUCAGUAAAUUCCAUUAACAUUCCCGCAGAAGAAGAUUCCAGCUGUUUGCCUGCCAGUCACAGUCAGAUUAUGUUCUACAUUUUAGCAGAUGGCAUCACAACACUAGCACGGUUGUGUUUUCUACGGAUUGUUCUGGCAUCUUGUGGUUGUACUCUCUCUCUCUCUCUCUCUCUCUCUCUCUCUCUCUGUCUCUCUCUCUCUCUCUCUAUUAUGCCUGUGUGAUUUUCUAGGAUUUUUCCAAAAGUGUUUUGUGGUUUACUAAACGAGCUACUUUUGAUUAUGUCUCUGUAGGGCAGGAAUGUCAAAAAUGUUUAAUAUUAAUUCAAUGGUUCGAUAUCUGUGUGCCUGGCCUUUUGCGACAGAAUUGCGUCCGCUAGCUUCAGGGGAUACUGUAUGUGUCAUAUUUGAUUAAUUCUGUGCAUCUAAAUGGCUUUUAUAUGGCUGUAAAUGCAUCGUGACAGGCGAUUCAUUGCACAAAGGAGUACCAUUACAUGAGGGAACACCAGUCUAAAAGGAAUAGUUCACCCAAAAAUAAAAAUUUGCGUGAAAUUCACUCACCCUUAGGCCAGCCACGAUGUAGAUGAGUUUGUUUCUUCAUCAGAACAGAUUUGGAAAUAUUUAGCAUAACAUCAUCUGCUCACCAAUGUUUCCUCUGCAGUGAAUGGGUGCCGUCAGAGAGUCUAAACAGCUAAAACCAUCACAAUAAUCCAUCAAUUAAUGUCUUGUGAAGUGAAAAGCUUUGUAUGAAACUAAUUCAUCAUGAAGAUGGAUUUUUAUCAGCUGUUUUGACGGCACCCAUUCACUCCAGAGGAUCCAUUGGUGAGCAAGUGAUGUAAUGCUACAUUUCUUCAAAUCUGAUCCCAUGAAAAAACAAACUCAUCUAAAUGUUGGAUGGCCUGAGGGUGACUACAUUUUCAGCUAAUUUGCAUUUUUGGGUGAACUGUUUCUUGAAGGCUUGUGGGUGCUACAUGAUGUGAGCUUGAAAACACCGACCCAUGUCAGAUCAGAGCGAGACUAACCCUAGAUAUUCCCAGGGGUGCAUGUGAGCUCUCUAAGGCUUCUGUCCGCUGUGUCAUGUUUGUUUCGGGAGCUGGGAUGUGUGUGCAUGUCUGUAUAUGUGUCUGUUAACGCUGUGUGCCAUUGGUGUGUGUGUGUGUGUGUGUGUGUGUGUGUGUGUGUGUGUGUGUGUGCAAACGGAUGUUUGUCUGUUUGUAAGUGUGUCUUUGUGCAUGUAUAUAUUACAUGUGAUCAUUUCUGGAAUGGAUGAGGAAAAGUUGGAGCAACUGGGUGACCCAUAUUUUUAAACAGGAAAUGAAGUAUUUUUAAGUCUGUGAUGCAUUAGAAAAAUGUGUCAAAAUGCCAGCAGAUAGUACGCAGUGAUUUGUUGUGGACUAUGGUCUCUUAAAUAUAUUUUUUUUUAUGUCAUAUUUACAUUUUAGACACAAUGUUUAUCUCAUAUACAGCAGAUUCUGGUCUGUUUUUUUUGUUUUUUGUUUUUUCAGAAAA